AUGGUGAUCGGCCUUCUCACGCUCGCUGCGAUACCUACCACUAUUGGUGUAGCUGAAGGUGUCUCUCGCCGUGAUGAAGCCAACAAAGAUGCAAAGGACAGGAUCGAGCAACAAAUGCGCAAGUUCAAUAUAGAGUGUUACUGCGAUAGUCCACAAGGCAAAGCAAAAGCAAUCAAUGGAGGCACGGUAGUCCUCAGGAACGACAAAUUGUACAUUGACCAACCGAGCAAGCCGAGGACGUCGCAUCCGUUCGAGGGAAUGUACAUCGAGUACGCGGACAACGAUCGCCCCAAGCCUUUACCUUUGGGAAUGGUAUCCAUGGUCUACAGUGACCCGCCCACAUUGAAUUGGAUUUAUGUGGACAAGAAUACACGAGAAGUCAAAUAUGGCAAUAAGACUGCGAGUAAAGAGCACAUCGUAGGCCCGUGGAGUUGGGAGGCUGGAGAAGAAGGUGGGCCGGGUGGCGUUGCAUUAGAUGGCGAAGAGGGUGCUGUAGCUAUCGAGACAUCUGAAGGCUGGGAGAUACGUUGGGAAGAUACAAACGGUAAUAUUGGUGUCAAGACAAAGGCCAGGGUCACCAUCAGCCUGGAACGAAAGAUGCUCGAGCCUACAGAAGCGGACAAGCCAACAGUGACGGAGCCGAAACAUGCAAUCAAGACAGACUCAAAAACGGAGCUCACAAACACAAGAUUUGAGGACAAGACUCGCACGACAGACGGUCAAAAGGCCACCAUGGUCAAAGUUACAGGUGGUAAUCCCAGUCAGAAGAAAAGGGAGCCGAAGUUGGAGAUUGCAUCCUCUUCAGUCAUCAAGCCAAUGAGGGAGAAAUAA